CUCUCUCUGUGUUCUUUUGAACGUGCCGAUAGACGUGAGCUCCGCCCUUCUUCUCAUUUAGUUUGCGUCAGCUUGUUCUGUUGCUGCGCACUUUUUUUUUGUACGACGAGUGCUCACAUUUCCAGUUAUGGUCUCCACACAUUCAUCUCAAUAUAUUACGGAUUUCACACCUGUACCGGCGGAACCCGGCAAAUCCCCGUUGGCACUUCUCGCAAAAACUUGCGAAACAAUUGGACUUCCCGAGGGCUCUUCAAAAAAGAAUGGAGCAUCAAGCAGUAGCUCACCACAAGGGAAAAAAGAUGAAAAGAAUCAUAUUCUUCAUCAUCAACACCACCAACAACAACAACAAUCAAAACAAAAAUCAUCGCCCCGAUCAACUCCUCAAUCAAAAGAGCCGACACUCACAUUCCCGGGUCUUCCGAAGCCGAGUUUCCCAAUGGGAAUGCCUGGAAUGAUGCAAGGAUUCCCAUUUUUCAACCCGAUGAUGACUGCCUAUGGCUGUUUUCCGGGUGCUUUUCCGAUGAGCCAAGGAUUUAUGGGUGCUCAGCGUCUUCCAUGCCCAUUUGCAAUGAUGCGUCAACCAUGUGCCAAUCCGGCAUGUGUGCAGUGUCCAAGUAGUAGCUCAAAUGCUGCUAAAAAUGGACAAAUGACUGCUGAAAUGAUGUCACAGUUUGCAGCGCAUCCGUUGUUCUCAAUGUAUGCUGGAAUGAUGCCAGGAGUUCCAACCUCAUCCUACCAAGCUCUUCUCGCUGCCUCUGCAGCAGCUUCAACCUCAGCAGGACCUACUGAUUACUCGAAUGUCGCAUCUACCUCAAAAGCCUCUCCACAACCAAAACCAACAGCACAAAAGUCGCAAAAAUCAGCGAAAUUCCCCUGCAACUGGGUGGAUUCUGAUGUACCAUGCGGAAAAGUUUUCGAUGAGGAAAAUGAGUUGGCAAGCCAUGUUAAGAAAAUGCACGCGCCAUCACCAUCAAGCUCCGCAUCUUCUGAACAAUCAACAUCAACGGGAAAAGCUUCAAGAUCCUCUACAACAACUCCACAUCGAUUUAAUCCAUACGGAAAACCAGUUGCUCCAGCACCACCAACAAUGCAACAAAUGGGUAUGAAUAUGGCAAUGAAUCCCCUUGUUUUACCAUUUUCCCUUCAAGCAAUGUACUCGAAUAGGCUGAUGUCUACCGUUGCUCAUCAGUAAUUGAAUUUUGUUUGAUACUUUUAGUGGAGAUAAUGACUUUGGCAGUGAGCGGGGAUUGAACUUGAGUUUGCAAAAAUGAAACUAGCGCCUUUACCAACUGCGCCAACGAGAGAUUGUAAUAUUUGUUUAAGAGUACAUACACGAGUUUGAAACCAUUCACUGUCAGAGUCAAGAUAGUUAAUAGCUGAAUUUGUAAAGUUUUAUUUGAGUUUUGAAUUUUGAAUUUUAAAAUGUUGAUUCAAGAAUCCUCGUGGUCCAUUAAAAAAAUACGGGUUCUCAUUUCAAUGUCUAGUGAUUUCGCUUGAUUCGAUUUGUUUAUGUGUGUACUGUAUGUACUUUACCUUUAUUUGUUUUAUUUUAUUUCCCCCCUCUCCAUUUUUUAUUUUAUUGUUCUCAAUUUAAUUGUACGAGUUCUUUCAAUUCGCCUCCAUCCAUCCACUUUUGGUCAUCUCGGUUGCUUUACGACGCCCCAUAACAAAAAUAUGGUUUUUUUCUUGUUCUCCCUGUACUGUGACAACAUUCCUCAAAUGGUUAUGUAAUAAAAGACGUUGGUUCUUUGAAAUUUU